CAUAUUUUGCAACAUUUUCAAGCUGCCGAGUCUUCGAAAACCCUAGCAUUUUUCUGUGCCCAAACCCGUGAUUCAACCAAUACGCCACAAUGAGUUCCGGUGAGUUGGGUUGCAUCUACGCCACCUUGAUUCUCCACGACGAUGGAAUCCCAAUCACCGCGGAGAAGAUCAGCACAAUCUUGAAGGCUGCCGAUGUCACCGUCGAAUCCUACUGGCCAAGCCUAUUCGCCAAGCUUGCUCAGAGCAAGAACGUUGACGAUCUUGUUUUGAACGCUGGCGCAGCCGGAGGAGCCGCCGUUGUUUCAGCCGGAGGAGCCGCACCCGCCGCUGGUGGAGCUGCAGCAGCAGAGGCACCUGUCGAGGCAAAGAAGGAAGAAGCCAAGGAAGAAAGUGAUGAUGACAUGGGCUUUAGUUUGUUUGAUUAGGUUUCUCUUUAUAGUUUCUUGUAGCCAGAUUACUCCUUCUUACAAGGUGUGGCUGGAUCCAAAACUUGUUUUGCUUUAUAAAUUGUUUAUCAAGUGAGUUUUAGCAAUCUACUAUCACAUUUUGUUGUUAAAUUUUGGUGAAUUUUUUUGAAUAUCUGAAUGAUAUGUUUAUUUCCUGGUUA